AUAACGCCGUAAAGUAUAUUGUUUGUUUGUAUUUAGUUUCGAAAUUGUCUCUCGUCGUUACCGUGUAUCUUUUCCUAUCUGGACCAACUCGUUUCUCUCAAGUUUUCAUAAAUACACGAAAUAAGAAACAUAAGAUAAGGUCCAACAGCUUGAGAUCUUAGGUGAAGUUCCUUGUCUCUUAUUAAAUCGCGCGCGGGCGCGCAUCAAUGGUAAAAGAAAGUCGAUUGUUUACGUUACUACAUAUUACAUAUUCUCGAAGCACAAUGCGACUCGUUAGCUCGGAAAAAUUGUCAAAUAUUCAGAGGAAUCCUGCUAGUAUUCGUAACAUUUGUAUACUGGCGCACGUCGACCACGGAAAGACGACGUUGGCCGAUUCGCUAGUGGCCAGCAACGGCAUCAUCUCUAAUAAACUCGCGGGCAAACUUCGGUAUUUGGAUAGUCGUCCGGACGAACAGCUGCGUGGGAUCACGAUGAAGUCGAGUUCCAUCACCCUGUAUCAUAUGUACGACCGUCGAGAGUUUGCCAUCAAUCUUAUAGAUUCUCCAGGGCACGUCGACUUUGCCUCUGAAGUCUCGACGGCGGUCAGAUUGUGCGACGGAGCCAUCAUCGUGAUCGACGUGGUCGAAGGUGUGUGCCCGCAAACACGCAGCGCUCUGUCCACCUCGUACACGGAGGGUCUGAAAGGAAUUUUGGUACUGAACAAGAUCGAUAGGUUGAUCACGGAAAUGAAAUUGUCCCCGUUCGACGCGUAUGUACAUUUGACACAAGUUCUGGAGCAGGUAAACGCGGUGAUGGGCGAACUUUUCGCUAGCGACGUAAUGGCCCGGGAGGGUAGGACCGAAGUGAGGAGGAAAGAGGACGUGGAAGGCGUUUCGGAGAGGAGUCUGACGGACUGGCAGUCGGCGCUCGAGAACAUGGAUGAUUCGGGUCUGUAUUUCUCCCCGGAGCAAGGUAACGUCUUAUUUUCCAGCGCCACGGAUGGCUGGGGAUUCGGAGUCAAGGAUUUCGCAAAGAUAUUCUCCGCGAAAUUGGGCUUCAGCGAAGCAGUGCUCUUAAGAACGCUUUGGGGAGACUUUUAUGUGAACACUAAGACCAAGAGAAUAAUGAAAGGGGCUCAGGAGAAAGCGAAGAAGCCUCUGUUCGUGCAGCUUAUUUUGGAUAACAUUUGGACCUUGUACGAAACGAUCACGGUAAGAAAGGAUAAAGAAAAGAUCGGUUCGAUGGCGGAGAGGCUUGACAUUAAAUUAACGACCCGAGACUUGAGACACACGGAUCCUAAGGUUCAGCUGCAAGCUGUUUGUUCGCAAUGGUUACCGUUGGCUCGAGCAUGUCUCGACGCGAUAUGCGAGAACGUACCAGCACCGAAUAAUCUAACGUCCGAGAAGGUGGAACGAUUGCUGAGCGGAAACUGUGAUUUCACUAUGCUGCCGGACGAAACGCAACGACUGAAACAAGUGUUCUUAGCUUGCGACUCGUCUGCGAGCUCGCCCGUGAUUGUAUUCGUUUCGAAAAUGUUCCCGGUCGAGAGGAGAACAUUACCGGAGUAUAAAACGAAACCGUUGACCCCGGAGGAGUUGGCACAACGAAAAGAACUGGCGCGUAUCAGGCACGCUGAGAAAAUAACCAAGGAACAGGAAAGCACGGACGAAGAGUCUGGGGACCGAUCGCAGACGGACAAUACCACGGAAUUGUCCGGUAUCGGAACAAGAUCAACGGAGAAUGAAGCGGCCGGGGGAAAUUUGGACACCGCGUUGAUCGCGUUUGCCAGAGGUUAUUCCGGAAGCUUGAGAAACGGAAGCACCGUGUUUGUUUUAGGACCGAAACACGAUCCCCGCGAGGCGCUCGAGCGUCGAGCAGCCGGCGAGCAGCUACCGACCGACGAGAGUAUUACGCUGAAAGAUUUGAAACACGGUAGACACGUGACAAGGGUUACCGUGCGGAAGCUUUACCUUUUAAUGGGCAGAGAACUAGAACCCGUGGGUCGUUCUCUUUCCUCCACUGUGGCUUGCCCUCCCUUCUCCGAGACCGUAUCUUCCGGUACACCUAUAAUGCGAGUAGCUCUCGAACCGAAACACCCGAACGAUUUGCCAGCGUUGAUCGAUGGUCUCAAGUUGCUCAAUCAAGCGGACGCUUGCGCCAUUGUUCAUAUUCAAGAGACCGGGGAAAUAGUGUUGAGCACCGCCGGAGAAGUACAUCUAGAAAGAUGCUUGGAAGAUUUGAGAUUCAGGUACGCGAAGGUCGACGUGAACGUAUCGGAACCGAUAGUACCGUUCAAAGAGACGGUCGUACCUCCCCCGACGGUUGACAUGGUCAACGAGGCGAUCGAAAAGAAGCCGGAAGACGUUAGUCUUGGCACGUGGACCGCGAAUCGAGAAUCCUAUUUUGAGAUAGACGCCAGACCUUUGCCCGACAAUAUUACCAAAAUCUUGGAAAAACAUUCGGAUUUGAUAAAAAACUUUUAUUCUCACUACGACAAAUUCUCCUCGGAAAAGGCGAGACCGGAAGAUGCGACUGUUGUUGAGACCGAGGCUGAGGCUGAGGCAGUGGCGGUGGACAAGAAGGAAGAAACGGAUUUGGCCAAUUUAAUAUCUGCAAGAGAACAAAGAGCACUUGCGUUCUUUGAAAACGAACUGUCGAUUGCUUUUCGAGAGGUUGGCCAAACAGAUGCACUGGAUAAAAUAUGGUCAUUUGGACCACGGAAUUGCGGCCCUAACGUCUUCUUGAAUGAAACCGAUUACAGGCAUAAACAAUUUUCGGAAAGCCAUACAAAUUCUCUCGAUCCACGAUUUCCAUACGAAACCAGCAUGGUUAGUGGUUUUCAACUGGCAACGCUUGCCGGACCGUUGUGCGAGGAGCCGAUGAUGGGUGUAUGCUUUGUACUGAAGAAAUGGGAAGUAUACGAAGAUUCUCAAAGUGAAAAUUCCAGUCAAAGCCACGGUCAUAUGGGUGGGCGUUUAAUGUCGGCAUGUAAAGAAGCUUGCCGCAGAGCAUUCAACACCAGGCAUCCUCGACUAGUCACACCGAUGUACACUUGCAGCGUUUUAGUUAAUUCGGACGUGUUGGGAAAACUAUAUGCCGCGUUCGGAAAGCGACAAGGCCGUGUGAUUGCUGCGGAAAGUGCUGGAUUCGGCAGACAGUUUCGUGUAUUAGCAACCUUACCUGUGCCGGAGAGUUUUCAACUUACUAGAGAAUUGCGAACUCAAACAUCCGGGCUGGCUAGUCCUCAACUGGUUUUCAGUCAUUGGGAGGUAAUUGAGCAAGAUCCUUACUGGACACCUUCCACGGACGAAGAAUAUCUUCAUUUCGGCGACAAAGCGGACAGCGGGAAUAGAGCCAAGAAAUAUAUAGAUGCAGUCCGUCGACGCAAAGGUCUAGCCGUUGACUCUCAGCUUGUUACGCAUGCGGAAAAGCAACGUACUCUCUCGAAAAAGAAAUAACUCAUUAGUAGUGUUUCAUCCGAAGGUCGUUGUUACGUUUUCUCAGUCACCGGCACAGCUCUAGAAAAAAUAACUCGAGAAAAUUUGGAAAUUUUCCAACGUAAACACAACAUGUACGCCCCGCCCCGUUUAACUGUUUUGUAAAAUUAAUCAAGUAAAGGUGUGCCGAUUAUACGAUAUUACGACUCGAUAAAUUUCUGAUAAAACUUUUCAUUCGGUAUAUCAUAGACAAUUACCCUUUUUGUAAAAGAAGAUCGUAUCAUCUGUUAUACAAAUAUGUAUGUACAUAUUUUGAACGGACUGUCCCUUGUCUGUUUACAAUAUCCUUCUAUACGUCGACAAAGAAAUACAAGCUUAUAACAUUGUAUG